AUGUCAAUCCUCAACGCGGCGCCAGAGGGGCCGAGUGCCGGGGAGAUCUCAGCUACGAUCUCCGACCGCAUUGCUCAGGCCGUGCUGUCACGCUACGAUGAGUUGCCUGGCCGCGGCAAGCCCCAAGGCCGGUCAUGGACAGUUCUUGCGGGCAUUGUGGCCGAGAAGCCCGGCGGCCAUUUGCAGGUUUUGGCCCUGGCGACCGGGACUCGAUGCCUUGGUGUCGCUGCUAUGACCACUGGCAAUGGCCAGGUUCUCCACGACUGCCAUGCCGAGGCACUCUGCCGGAGGGUCUUCCAUCGCUUCCUGCUGGCUGACAUGCUUUGCGCUGCGAACGCCGCCACUCCCGAUACCGUGGCCGUUCUGCUAAAGCGAGUGCAUGUGGAGGAGUUGCGGUUUGCUGUGCAAGACAACGUUCGCUUGCACUUUUAUGUCAGCGCACUUCCCUGUGGGCAGUGCGCCCUGCUGCCACUGAGCAGUAGCAGCGAAGGAAGUUUGGCACGAAAGCUCCGGGAGGAGGAUGCAGCCGCAGCGCCAGCACCUGUUUGCGACCGGAACAGAACUGGAGCCAAGCCGUCGCACGGGAUGCCUACAGAUCCGAAGGCCGAUGGGGUCAAUUUCCAUCGUGAUGGAGUUCUUCGCUACAAAUCUGGACGAAGCGACACCAGGCCGGAUUCGAGGACAGUGUGCUACAGCUGCUCUGACAAAAUUUGUCGCUGGAACCAUGUUGGGUGGCAGGGCGCCUUGCUUUCGAGACUGAUCGAGGCACCAAUAUACAUGCAGUCGGUUGUGAUCGGAGGUGCCUUAUUCGAUGAAGGCUUCGUCAGGGAUGCUUUGUUCGACCGCGCAGCUUCGCCUUCAACUUCGGCCCACGCACCUCUGUUCUGCUACACGCACGUUCCGUUUCAAUCCUCCAGGGAGGCAGCAGAAGCAAUCGAUGCUGAUUGCAAGGUGUCUACUGCUGGUCUAAGCAUUGUCUGGGCCGCCACUGAUAUGCCGAGUACCAAAACAUCAGACUUGGUCAGCCUGCCAAGAAGGUCGAUUUCCAGCAAGACAUCUGGCUUCUACGACAUUCUCAUCGGGCACACUGGACAGCGACAAGGGCUUCGAAGUGACCACGUGCGCAGGAAUGAUCUGCAGGCCACCACCAGCUGGGUGUCCCCACUCUGUAAGAAGCUGACGGCGCAGGACAUGCUGCAAGCUGUCUUGCAGAUUCUCCAAUCUGAAGAGGCGUUGAUUCGCUGGCUGGCGUCCACUGAGACCUCAGUCUCUGGCCGCCCAACGAAACGGCGACGUAUCGGAUGCUCUGAGGACAACACCGCGCUGGUUCACUACCCGACGUAUGCUUGGUUCAAGGAGGCUGCAACCUCUGAAACCUAUCGAUCGUCAAGGACAAAGUUUCACUCCGUCGAGCCUUUUGUGCAUUGGUCUCGCAAGCAGAGACUUGUUUUCCUGAGCGAGAUGAAGGGUGUAGAUGCGUUUGAAGUGGAGGUCUCUAAGAUGGAUGCCUUCGCACAACUGCCGGAGUGCUGCUGUCCACUGACUCUCGCACAGCCGAUGGCUGCCGUCGGCAGCGAGAGCGGUGCUCCAAUACCCGAGGAAAACAUGUCUUUGCCGUCAGCUGAUGCAUUUGCUGUGUGA